AUUAGUCCGUGUCCGAGGUUUGAGAGUUUUGUUUACAAAAUGGAUGAAUUCAGAGCCUGUAAUCUGGACUACUUUCCCGAAAACAUUUUAAUUGAUGUGUUGUCGUACCUGAGCGUACGAGAGCUCGUCAGAGCCGGGAGAGUGUGUAAGAGAUGGAAACGCCUUGUUAAAGACCAAAGACUGUGGAGAACUGUCGACCUGACUGCAUGGAAAGGGGUGACAUCCCGCAUCCUUUGGGUCCUGCUGCGUCAGUACCUGGGUUGUGGACUAAGGUGCCUUCGAUUGCGUGGUUUGCUGCUCUCUGCCCGUGGCGGCACCUUUCUCUCUGAGUCUUGGCUCAAAGCUUUGUCCACAAAAUGCCCUCGCCUGAGUAAGCUCUAUCUUCUGCAUGCAGACCUGAGAAGCCUUCCCAAUUGCCAGAUCCUACCUCCAUCUUUACAGGUGCUGGAGCUGCGUGGUUGUGAGCUGCCUCGUGGUUUUUUUAACCACAGCCUGCCAGCUUCAGCUGCUGAACCUCAAGAAAGAGCAGAAGCCACAUCUAGUGUUGGUGCUCAGCAGCAAGAAAGGGACCAGAAAAGAAAAGGGCCUAGUUCUCCUGCAGGCAUUGGUAUUGAAAGGUUGGUCCUUAACAAUGUGCCCUCUUUUACAGACCAACACCUGCAGAGUCUGACAUCAUGGGAGAAGCUCCGUCGAUUGGAGCUGCGUGACACCUUUCGUAUAACAGCUAACGGGAUUAGAAGUUGUGCUGCCAAAGAUGGUGUCUGUGGGGUGGAGGGGCUUUCCAGGCUCAAGUUUUUGGAAAUAGGCAUUACAGGGCGGCAGGGCUACCAGUUACAAAUGGCCUCUCUUGGGCUGGGGGCAGGAUGGCUCGGACUAGAGGAACUGAGUCUUGGCGGAAAGGAGGUGGGGCCUGGCCUGCUCUGCGCCAGUCGUCUGAGGGACCUGAAACAACUGUGCCUGUGGGCCUGCACACUCAGCGAGUUGCAGAUAGUCCGCAGCUGCAGGAUGCUCCGAGGACUCCGCCAGCUGGAGUUUUUGGAUGUGAUCUUCCAGCCUCGACAGAGUCCACCUGAGGUAGAGGGGGAGGGUGGUGGCGAAGAAGAGCAGGUCGGUGAGGAAGCUGCAGGCGCAGAUGGCAGCAGUGACGAGAAUAAGACACUGGAUAUGAAUGAUCCUAUUCCAAGUCUACGUCGCUCACUCGCUGUCCUGCUGCCAUCCUGCACACUAGUUUUCACCAACUGCUCUGUUCAGAGUAAUGCAGAAUAAAUGAGGCCUCCACUGCUGCUGCAUACCAGUGGCCAACACGAAUAAACCUCUCUUUCAGACAGGGUUAAUUAGUUAUAUGUAGUGUUACUGAUACAAUAUUGGAUGAAUUUUUCAGCAUUGUCUAAUGCAUACACCUAUCUCAAGCACACAUAGGCCUAUGACACCACAAAUUCAUAUUGAAUGGAAUCAGAAUGCUACAUUAAAAUUGUCAGACAUUACUACAAAAAGUCCAGACGGAAAGAAAAAUAGUUUGAAAAACAGAUAAUCUGAUGUUUCUGUCAACAAAACUCUAAAAGCACAGAGAGAACACACUGCUUCGUAUUGGCAAAAGUUUUCUAGUUUUAAAUCACCAUUUCAUUUUUGAUCAUUUGUACACAGAAGUACUGUAUUUCAGGAUUUUCUGGAACCAUUCAAUGCAAAACUGACACUCUAGUAAUUUUGUUAAUGACAGUAUACACAAUGUGAAAGAAAAUAGGACUCACUUUUAAUUUUCCUCUAAUCACACACAUUGAGUUAUCCUCCUGCGCACUUUUGGCAGUUUUAGUUGGUAGAGUAGCAAUACCACUUCUCCACAGAGCACAAACUUCUGGCCUCUACAGCAGCAAAAUGGAACAGAGCAAUGCUAUUGCUAAAUUUGCAUAUAUGACAUUUAUUUUGUUUUUGAUGGGAUACUUUCAAGCCGUUAUUUUUCUUGAAAAAAAUUCUUAAAAGUUUGCUUUUAUUUAGUUAUAUAUGGAGUUAUAUUUUGAUACAUUUUCUGUAAAAUUGAAUUAGAAACAGUUUAUAGGUAAACUAUCCAAACAGGACUGUGCAUUGUUGACACUUCAUCACAUUGAUGCAAACAUCACUGAUAAAUAAUCUUGUCACCAAGUAGUCUUUUUGAUUAUUUUUUUAAAGAUUGCCUCAUAGACUGAGAAGACAAAGAGAUUGUAUGGACCCACAGCAUAUAUAUCAUCAUAUCCUACAACGACACUGCUUUAACCAGUGUUGUCAAGGUAAAUCAGUGGGAGGUCUCACUUCCAAAUCGCUUAUUCGCAUGGAAAAAAAAAAAAAGUCUGUGUGAACCAAAAAUCUGUCUUCAGCAUACCCUUUUUAAAUUCUUUUACAGUAGAAAAAAAAAUGCAAAGGCCACUGCUAGACUGUAAACAGAUCAGCAUCUGUCACUUACAAAGGCAAGGGAACUGAAGCACACUGUGGGUGAUGAUCCACCUGUUUCCUGUUUUGUGCUUUGUUUUUUGUUUUGUUUUUUUACCACUUUUUUACAAUACACACAGUUAGAGAUCAUAUAUAUUACAAACAGGUGUUUGGUUUUGGUGAAGCACAACAUUACACAAUUUAUUUCCUAUUUUACUUUGCCAUUGUGAUUUUGUUUUUUUUUUAAAUGCAAUUUUACAUGUAUGUUUGAUUGUAUUAAAGAGGAAAAACAUCGAAGGUCUGUGUCAUUACAGUGAGUUUAAACCAACCAUUUAAGGGUGGGUAAUAUUGUGUAAGUGGGAUUGUUUUGAAUAAACUUAUUUUGAUCAAAAAA